AUUGUACAACAAAUAAGGCAUGCAAGAAAUGCAUCUAAAUGAAAAAUUUAUUAAACUGAUAAAUAAUUAAUUGUAAAUAAUAAAUAUAUUAAAAUAAAAAAUUAAAAAAUGGAUGUUGACUUGAGAGAAGUGUAUGAUGAUAUUGAUGAUGAAAUUUAUAAUCCAUAUGAAUAUUUAGGUGGUGAUGAUGAUGUUGGUUAUCACCGAGUUUGUGGACAUGAUGAUGGCCAAGAAGAAUUUGAAACUGAAAGUAUUUAUGAUAUGUAUAAAUAUUGUUUAACAUUUAGUGUUUAUGGUACUGCUGAAUAUUUACUGCCAUUAAUUUUAUCAUCAAUAUUAUUCAAUAUAAUUUCUAGUAUUAUCAUAACAAGAAAAUUGUCACAUAAUGUUUAUCAUAUAUUUUCAAUUGUUAUUGGAAUUUUUAUUAUUCAUCGUUAUGUACCAGAAUCAUUAGAUUUACUUGGACUUUAUGUAUUAUUGUCAUAUGGAUCUUUUUACAUAACAAUAAAAUGCAAAAGAUUAAUUGAAAUUUUAUUAUUCAAUUUAAUAAUUGUUUUAUACUGUGAAUUUUCAAUGAAUCCAAAAGAUUGGCAUAAAAUUAGAGGUGUUAUUAUGCUAGCUGUUAUGAAAACAAUAAGUAUAUCUGUUGAUAAAAUGGAUGAUAAUAAUUUUCCAAAUAUAUUUGCAUAUAGUGGAUAUAUAUUUUCUUCAACAAAUUGUAUAUUUGGUCCUUGGAUACCAUUUAAUGACUACAUAAAUUCAUUAGAAUAUAAAAAAUCAAAAAGCAAUUAUGAAUUGAUAAAGAUAAUUUUAUCAAAUAUAUUAAAUGGUAUUAAAAAUAUUAUAAUUGCUUUGAUUUUUUUGGGUAUUUCAAAUUGUAUUUUAUCAUGGUUAUUGCCAGAUUAUCAUUCAAGAUGGAUAUUGGCUUAUAGAGAUGCUUUAGCAUUUAGAACAUCACAUUAUUUUAUAUCAUUUACUUCAUUUAGCUUAUUAUUACUUGGUGGAUUCACAUCAUCACUAUCAGCAGUAACAAAACCACUUGACAUUGAAUUACCACGUUCAUUAGUACAAGUUGUUGUCUCCUGGAAUAUUCCAAUGCACAAUUGGCUCAAGCAAUAUGUAUUUCGUAUAACAUUGAGAAAAUUUGGUAAAUUUAUAUCAAUAAUAUUGACUUAUUUAACAAGUUCAUUACUUCAUGGUAUGAAUUUUCAAUUGUCUGCUGUAUUAUUGAGUCUUGGAUUUUAUACAUAUGUUGAAUAUGAAUUAAGAAAUAUAUUAGCUAACACAUUUGAUGCUUGUAUAGCUGCUAAAAAAUGUAAACAUAAUAAAUGUCAUCAUAAAUAUAAUAAUAAAAAUUCAAUAUUCAUUGUAAUUAUAAAUAUUGGAUUUUUAAUAUUAUCAGUAUUUCAUUUGGCUUAUUUGGGUCUUGUAUUUGAUACAUCAAAUAUUCAAAAUACUGGCUAUGAUUAUUCUCACACAAUUAACAAAUGGUCACAGCUUGGAUUUUCAAGUCACUGGAUGGCACUUGUAACUUAUUUAAUAUAUUUUUUAAUCAAAUAAUAAUUAUUAUUGUUAUUUAGAUGAAUAAAUAUCAUUUGUACUUAAUGAUAAUUUUUAUAUUUUUUUAUAAAAUAUUUAUUACAAAUUUUUUCAUACCGAAACAUUUAUUUGUUUAUUUCAUUUUUGUACAGUUGUGAAAUAUUAAAUAAUAAUAAACAUAAAUCAUAUUUAUUUAUUUUUUUUUAUUUGUCUUUUUAGUAUUUUAUUUUUAUAAAUGUAUAGAUAUAUAAAUUAACAAAAUGUUAACAGAAAUUAUUACUAUUUUUAUCAAUCAUAUAUAUAUUUUAUUAUGUAGUACCAAUUUAACAUGUUUUAUCUAGACAUUUUUAAUAUCUAAAUUUGUAAAAGUGUGCUUUUUUUUUAUUUUUAUACUCUGUGCUUAUUUUCUAUAUAUAUAUAUUUUUUUUUUACAAUUAAUGUUUUUUUAAGAAAAAAAAUCUAAAUACAGUUAAUGAGAAACAG